AUGGCCUUUCCCAACGACGACUUGAAGAGGGGCUCCCUCAACUCGACUCAGCCCCUUCACAGCCACGACCAUUCCGACACUGAGGACCUCCACCGCUACGUAACAGAGGAGAUGCCACGCGCGGCCAAGAUGGCUGUGGCUGGACCUUCCAACGAAGGUGCCAUCUUGACUGUGCAACCACUGAGUAAGAACGAUAUGCAGCCCUCGUAUGCGCAGGACUUUGGUUCGGCCUCGGUUACGCACGGUUUCUAUGGGAGCAUGAUGACUGGGCUGGGCUCUUGCAUCGGCUUCUUUGGUCAGUUCCCAUGCCUUCCUCUUCCCAACCCAUACAAGGAGGUUCGCCAAGGUUCGGUUGGCCUCAUCAGCCGCUUCGGCCAGUUCUACAAGUCGGUCGACCCUGGUCUCGUCGAGGUCAACGUCUGCUCAGAAAGCAUCAGCGUUGUUGACGUCAAGAUUCAGCUCACGACUGUUCCGCGCCAGACGGUGCAGACCAAAGACAACGUCUCCGUGGAGAUUGACUCGGUUAUCAGCUGGCACGUCGUGUCGCCCUACCGCGCCGCGUUUGGCAUCAACAACCUUGCCGGCGCGCUGGUCGAGCGUGCGCAGACUACACUGCGCCAGGUGGUUGGCGGCCGUGUGCUCCAGAGCGUGAUCUCGGACCGCGAGGGACUUGCUCAGGAAGUCGCCGAGAUUAUUGAGACGACUGCCGAGAAGUGGGGUGUCUCCAUCGAGUCGAUUCUUCUCAAGGACAUCAACUUCUCGGCCGACCUCCAGCAGAGCCUGUCUUCGGCUGCUACCCAGAAGCGCAUCGGUGAAAGCAAGGUUAUUGCUGCGCGUGCCGAGGUCGACGCUGCCAAGCUCAUGCGUCAAGCCGCCGACAUUCUUGCGUCGCCCGCAGCUAUGCAGAUCCGCCAGCUCGAGGCCCUUCAGUCCAUGUCUCGUAGCGCUGGCUCCAAGGUCAUCUUCGUCCCCAUGAACCUCGAGGCUAUGGGUGCGGCUGGCCUUGACGGUCCGAUGGCGCAGCAGAUUGCUGGCGGCAACGAUGAGCAUCUUCUGGCACCCCGAAACUCGGCUGGGCAGGCGGCCGUCAUUACCUCCAUGUCCAACAUGUAG